GUGGUCAAUGUGAGCUGGACUUCAGGUUCAGUUGGAGUUUCCUAGCCAAAACGCAGUUCAUUUAAAUGGCCUCCACCACUUUGCGUAUAGCUGUCGUACAGUUUGCACCGAAGAUAGGCCAAGUUCACGCAAACAUAGCAAAAGCUAGAGAACUAUGCAAGCAGAUCAUACCUCGUUCAGUUGAUCUCGUGUGUCUGCCAGAGAUGAUAUUCACCGGUUACGUUUUCUCGAACAUGGCUUCUAUAUCGCCAUACCUAGAACAUCCGCACACCGGGCCCACCUCUCGUUUCUGUGCAGAACUCGCACAAUCCCUCCAUUGCUAUGUCACCGCUGGGUACCCAGAACGUGUGGAGAGUCAUGAUGCCACAAUAAGCGCAGAUAGAGAUGGAGAAACGCUGUUCGGCGCCAACAGCGCAGUGAUGUACGAUCAUUCCGGUCAACUAGUCACUUCGAACCCGAUCCGUAAGACAAACCUCUUCGAGACAGAUAUCCCGUGGGCUAUACCAGGAACAGGGUUCACCACGUUAUCUCUUCCCCAACCCAUAGGGCUUAUGACACUGGCUAUAUGCAACGAUCUUAACGUCCAAAAGCCUGCCGUUUGGUCCUCACUCGAGACAGGACCAUACGAACUGGCGCAGCACUGCAUAGAUAAAGGUACUCGUUUAUUAGUGUUGCUCAACGCUUGGUUGCACCACGAUCAAGCUGAUAAAGGUGGCAAUGAAAGUGAGCAAGAUGAGGGCAAAAUAACGGAUAGUUCAGAGCCAGAUCGGGAAACUUUGAACUAUUGGGCAUUGCGUCUGCGGCCUUUGUGGGCUGCUGUGGAAGAAGCACGUGCUGAAGCCGAAACUACUGCAGAGGCCGAGCGGAUCCCUGAAGAGCUGAUAGUUGUCGUGUCCAAUCGAUUUGGAUUCGAGAAUGGCAAGACAUUUGCUGGUUCCUCUGCUUUAUACUCCCUUCGUCGAGGGUCCGGGCGUCCUCGCCUACUACACGCAAUGGGCCAGCGAGAGGAAGGCGUAAGUGUAUGGAGUGUUGGCAAAGGUGCCCACAGUUAAGUCAGCCCAUGCAAGACCACAUGUAACACUCGACUUGGAAUAUCACCAUGAAGCUGUGUAUAGUCAACUUUGUGUCGUGGUGCCUUGUUUAUGUCGCCUUAGUGUAAGUUAAAGCAGAAUCGGUGGGCCAUUCUAUUACAAUUACAUUCCAAAUCCUGUCAGAAAGGGUACUUAAUCCGUAUGCACGUUGAUAGUCAUCGAUAGACCUCACUGUGCCGUCAAGGGUUUUUGUUGUAACUUACUAUGGCGAAAAUCUUCAGGAGACCUACACC